AUGUGUGUCUCAGGUACUGAGCCUGGAGGUGCUGCGCCUGGGGGUGCUGAGCCGCGGAGUCCGGAGUCUGGGGGUUCUGAGUCUGGGGGUGCUGAGUCUAGGAGUCCUACACCUGGAGGAGCCCUCUCCUCCGAGCAGCUGCGUGAGUGUGCUUCCCCUCCCGGUCGGGAGCUCCCCUCUCUUGAGAGGAUUCGUGAGUGGUACGAGCGGCGCUGCACUCUUCGGAGUGGCGCGCCUGGUGUCGCGGACCCUGCUGGUGGUGGUGCUAUUGGUGCUACUGGAGGUGCUGCUGGUGCUGAGGACCCGGGCGUUGGAGCUGCUGCUGGUGCUGCGGACCCUGGUGCUGGAGCUGCUGCUGCUGCUGGCGGUGCUGCUGGUGCUACUAGGGGUGCUGCUGGUGCUGCGGCCCCGGAGGUUGGUGCUGCUACUAGUGCUGAGGACCCUGGAGUUGGAGCUGCUGCUGGUGCUGCGGACCCUGGAGUUGGAGCUGCUGCUGGUGCUGCGGACCCUGGAGUUGGAGCUGCUGCUGGUGCUGAGGACUUUGUCGCUGGUGUCCCUGCUAGUUCUGGAGACGCUGCACGGCCGCGACUGUACCUCGUUCCACUCCUUCAGCAGGUUCUUGGUCCGCCUCCUCCUCCUUGUCCUCCUCCCUCCUUAGAGUGUCCGCCGUCUGUCCAGUCGCACUCGAAGUUGCCGCUUGCCUCCCCUCUCCCUGGUCCUGCUCCCUACGCUGGUCCGACUGGCGGUCUUACGGAGCGUCGUGAGUUUGCGUCUCGUCCUGUGUCUCCUCCGUCUCGUCCCAUGCAGCCUGCUCCCGCUGCUCGCACUGGUCGUCGAGUCCCGCGUGAGCGUCCUCUUGCUGUCCCAGGCACACACUAUAUGGCACUACGUCCUUCCACUGCUCCACAGCGUGUCCCUCUGCCGUCUCCUCCGGCGUCCUCUCUUCCUACGCUUGCUGACCCGGAGUCCGACUCCCUUUGUGCUGCCAGUCCUACUGUCACGCGUCUCCUGGCUACUGUUGUCACUGGCCCUUUUUUUGAGUCUGCUGCUGCGUCUGCCUUAGUUGCUGAGCUUGUCGACUUUGCUGCCACGUGUCGUCUAGACUACGCCGCGAGUCUUGUUGCUGAGUCUGAGUCUGUCUGUCCUCCGUCCGUCGGGGGUGACUGUGCUCUUGGCACGGACGUCCUUGAGGACAGGCAGGAGGAGUUUGAGUGCUUUGCCGCCGCUUUGCCCCAUCUCGUGUCCAUGCUAGUUGCCCCAGAGGGAGACCCGGAUGCACCAGACAUCCCGACCCCACGCUCUUACGCAGAGGCGAUGGCAGGUCCCUGCUCCUCUCAGUGGCAGACAACCAUGGACGCAGAGAUGGCUUCCUGGAAGUCCACAGGCACCUACGUCGACGAGGUUCCCCCACCUGGGGCGAACAUCGUCAGUGGCAUGUGGAUCUUCAGGGUGAAGCGGCCGCCGGGCUCUCCGCCUGUCUUCAAGGCGCGUUACGUUGCACGAGGCUUCAGUCAGCGAGAGGGAGUUGACUUCUUUCAGACCUUCUCCCCGACCCCGAAGAUGACCACUCUUCGGGUUCUGCUGCACGUCGCCGCUCAGCGUGACUACGAGCUCCACUCGCUUGACUUCAGCACUGCUUUUCUACAGGGCCGCCUGCACGAGGAGAUCUGGCUGCGCCGCCCACCUGGCUUCACUGAGUCGUUCCCUCCUGGUACCCAGUGGAGCCUCCGGCGGCCAGUCUACGGUCUCCACCAGGCGCCACGUGAGUGGCACGACACACUGAGGACUACACUUGCGGCUCUUGGGUUCGCUCCUUCUACUGCUGACCCGUCACUGUUUCUACGCACCGACACCUCGCUGCCGCCGUUCUACAUCCUCGUGUACGUCGACGACUUGGUCUUUGCCACUGCUGACACUGCCGCACUCGCCCACGUGAAGUCCGAGCUGAAGAAGAGACCCACGCCCACUAUCUUGGCUUGCGGAUCGCCCGGGACAGAGCACGGCGCACCAUCACCUUGA